GGGAAGUCAUUGUACGGUAGCCUCAACCGGAUUUCUUGUCGCCUCGCUCUUUUUCUAGCGCUAAAAGUCAAAGAAGCUAUGUUUGUGGCGCCGGAGCUCCUGGGUCAGUUCGCCUAUGGGUUUGUCACAUGCUUCAGCUUGUACGUGCUGCUUUGGUUGGGAGGAAGAUUGUUUGGCCAGCCUGGACGCUCAUGGCUGAUGUGGGGCCUCUCACAUGCAUUCAUCGUUGGACAAGCUGUGGCGCAAUGGCUUGUGCCUGUGGACAUACAGAUGUUGGUUCUGACCAUGGCCUUCGUCCCGCCCCGGGUGCUCUACGUCGUCACUCAAGCGGGGGUGCCAAACAUUCUCGCUGACCUCGGCGCCGCCACUGCGGAGGAGAUCGCCGCUGCUCUGCCAGAACCGGUGCACGUGCCCCACCUGUACCGCAUGAUGCGGUUCUUGGCCUCGCUGGGCGUGUACAAGAUGGACAAGAAGGGGCGCUUCUCUCCAACCAGGCUUGGGCGCACCCUGGUUCCGGACCGCACCGGCUGGUCGCUCCGUUCGUGCGUCCUCACCAUGAACGACCCCCAAGAUCACCAGCUCGGCUGGGGCGCCCUGGACGCCGCUCUCCGGAAAGGGGGGGCGGGCUUCGAGCACUCGGCGGGCAAGGACCUGUGGCAGUGGUACACGCAGCACCCCGAGAAAGGCGCGCGGUUCGACGAAAUGAUGGAGGUCAUGAGCGUGAGGGAGAAGUACGCGCUGGCCGAGGCGGUGAACUGGAAGCGCAUAAGGACGGUGGUCGACAUCGGUGGAGGCAAUGGGACCAUUGUUAGGCACCUAGUCGACCGGCAUCCCCAUCUAGAGACUGUCAUCUUUGAGCGGCAGAGUGUGAUUGACGCCGCUUUGAAGAACUCGAAGUCUGGAAACAAGUCUGUCAGAUUCGUCCCAGGCGAUCUAUUCGAUUCCAAGAGCUUUGAGCGGGUGGCUACAGCAGACGCAGUAAUUUUGAAGCGCAUUUUACAUGAUUGGGGCGAUGAAGAGUGUGUGGAGAUCCUAAGAAAUGCAUGCACGAUCAUGCAUAAUAAGUCAAGACUGAUCAUUGUCGACUUUGUCAUAGAAGAUUCUUGUCCAGAUGGGCUGUUAAUCCCCAAGUUAGUCUCGGAUCUUAGUAUGCUAGCAAUGGUAAAUGGACGAGAGCGGACAAGGACGAGCUUUGAGGAGUUGCUAAAAAGAUCCGGUCUCCGCUUGACAAAGCUCUGUAAUGUUGUUCCUAUGGCUAGCAUUAUUGAGGCGCAACUACUUUGAUAAAGAAGACACGUCGACAAGUAGGAUGGAAACCGCCCCAGUCAAAAAUAUUCUAUAAUGAGCUUGAGGCCUCCUACCAAAGUUCCAC